CGCUUUUUUAGUGAGAAAAAAUGUGGCACGUUAAAAUUUAGAAAGUGAAUCGGCGCCCGCUUUCCUUAACAGCACGGCACCCGCGCCCCUCUGUCUCUCUCUCUCUCUAUGAAGCAUUUGUGGUUCCAUGACAGAGAGUAUCGCAUUUACAGAGGGGACGCAUCUCCUGUGCCCUUCUUUCCUGAACCGAAACAGCCUUCUCUCCUUUCCAUGGCAUAGUCCAGCUCACAAGAGAGAAGGCAAAGUGCUUAAGAGUGGGAUUUCACGAUUUGGGGAGAAGCAUUUGUAGAGAGAUUUGAUGAUUUGGGGUUUGGUUCAGAGAGGAAUUGGCAAAGAAAGAAACUCUCCAGAUUUAGCAGAGUAAUUUGCAGAGAGAUAGAGAUUUAUUGGCACAAGAAUUGGAAGAGGAGAGAUAAAAACCAGAUAUUUUCUUGAGCAAGAGAAAAAGUUAGAUAAGAGACUUCUGAGAAAGACAGAGAGAGAGAGCCAUGGGGGUCUUCGGGGUGAAAUCCCGAUCGCCAACAAGCGGCGGAAGCUUCAACCCCAUGGACAGAAGCCGGGCACUCCUCGUCCUCCUCUUCCCGACCGACGGCAUGUCUUCUCGUUGCAGCCUCACUCAUCGCGCUCGCUCCACCAUCUCUCUCUGCGCCCUCCUCCUCAUAUCCACCCUCCUCCUCUUUCUCCUCUUCUCCCCUUCCCCUCACCCUCCCUCUCCAGCCAAUUCCCGGUCGAAAAUAGUGACAACGGGCACUGUCGACAGACGCCUGGCUCUCCAUGGCAUGGGCACGCUCUACCGCCGGGGCACCCGGGGCAUGGCGGAGCUCAUCGUCGCCCACAUCACGAACAGCACCACAAAGACCCAUCUCCGAAUGUUCCUUCGCACCCUUCACCGCUCCGGGGCCCUCGCAAGGGCCGACCUCGUCCUCCUCUUCCCCACCCCCCUCAUCCCCCCCUCCUCCUCUCGAAUCAUCGAAGACGAAAAUCUCUCCUUUCUCAACCUCCUCAACCAGACUCAAAAGAGCGGCGAUAUUUGCCCUUUCAAGCCCAACGUUUUGAGCAAGGCCUGCAACUCAAAGCCUGCAUAUCCCAACCCGCUUUGGGGCACCGCCACCGGCGUUGGAGGCCAUGCACAGCGCAAUAAGAGUGACCAGUGCUUCGCGUGGGGCUCCGUCGUCGGAUUUGUAGUUAACGAGCUGAACCCGGACGACGCAUUAUCGGGUUUCAUCGAUCAGCCACCCAUCGAGCUUCGGCGUUGGGCCUGCUACCAAAUGCUAUUAGGAAAAUUGCGUCAUCGGGUGAAGCACGUUCUGCUCACUGAGAUCACGGGCACUCUGAUCAUCGGCGACGCGCUCUCGCCUUUGCGCAAGGCAGCAAGAAACAAUGUGUUAUUUCUCGCUCUAGAAGAGAGCUCAUGGGGGGAAGGGAUGAGAGGGGUUUAUGGGAAGGAGGCCUGGGGUGAGGUCUAUAGGAGCGAGCGAGGGGCGGAAAUCGUGAACAGCGGGGUGGUGAUGGGAGCGAUGGGAGCGGUGAGGAGGCUGGCCAAUGCUAUGAUCACUGAAAUUGUGAAGGUGGCGCUACUUAGAAAGAGAAGGGGGGCGUUCCCCGACUCGGUUCUUCUCACCUAUCUGGUGAGGCAGAGCUCGGUGGCGAGGCGCAAUCUGGGGAAUAUGCACUUGGUUGGAAACUCGGACUCGGUGGUUCAUUCUCUCUCGAAAUCGACACAAGAAUCGAUUUUUACCAGCUUGAGACCGUACACUCAGUUAAUUAGGCGUUUUUCUCAUGUGGGGUGUUCACGAAGUGAGUACGUUGUACUUGUGAACAUUCUUCUUCCGCGAGUCGUUAGAGGCAAAGCAAAGGCGUUGGAGAGAGACAAGAUUUGAUGAGAGAGAGAUGCAAGCAAUGUUAAUGGGCUGGGGGAAAUGCCACAAAAUCUCAUUAUCCUUCUCAAACAUUUUUUCGAGGGAAGCUUUUUAGAGAGAGAAAAAAAUAAUUCUAAUUUG